ACGGCUCGGCGCACCCCACCGCCCACCCCGUGGCCGUGGUGCACGUCGCGGCGGGCGGCCAGGCGGUCGGCGCCGAGAUCAAGCACGAGGCGGGCAAGGCGGGGGCGAGUGGUCACAAGGACCAGCGCCUCAUCAUGUCGGGCUUCCCUAUGCAAGAAAUUAAAGGUCACAUGAUGGACUUGAGAACGGUAGACGGAAGCAUUCUAAAGAUAACCACACCUAAUGGGGAACAGGAGCUUGCCAAAACAUUAGGUGUUGAAAUGGUUCAAAAUAUGUAUAAAGUUAAUGUUGAAGAUAUAAAUCAACUUUUAGCCUAUCAUGAAGUUUUUGGUAAACUUCAAAAUGAAAUGGUGACAGCUGGACAACCAACUAAUUCUACUACUGUGACCACAACUACCUCACAACCUCAACAACCUGCAGCUGCAGCAAUAACAGCUGCACGACAACAUGCAGAACCAGCUGUUCUUCAAAAUGGUGUGAUGGUGAAAACAUUAAAUGAAGGAGGUGAAGGUGUGUCAGGUACCACUUCACCCUCUUCAUUAGCCUCAGCUGUAACUCACGCUUGUGAUGUGUGCGGCAAAAUGUUUCCCUUCCGGUACCAGCUCAUAGUCCAUCGUCGGUACCACACAGAACGAAAACCAUUUACUUGUCAGGUUUGUGGUAAGGCAUUUUCAUGUGCGGCUGAACUGACAAGGCAUGGGAAGUGUCACUUAGGAGGCAGCAUGUACACAUGUUCAGUGUGUUUCCAUGUGUUUGCCAAUGCUGUUUCAUUAGAACGCCAUAUGAAGAGACAUUCAACAGAGAAACCUUACGCUUGUCCUGUCUGUGGUAAAUCAUUUGCAAGAAAAGAACACCUUGACAAUCAUACUAGAUGCCACACAGGAGAGACGCCUUACCGUUGUCAAUACUGUGCUAAGUCUUUUACCCGUAAGGAGCAUAUGGUAAAUCAUGUGCGAAAGCACACUGGUGAAACUCCACAUCGCUGUGAUAUUUGCAAGAAAUCAUUUACAAGAAAGGAACAUUUUAUGAACCAUGUCAUGUGGCACACGGGUGAAACUCCUCAUUCUUGUCAGGUCUGUGACAAGAAAUUCACUCGGAAGGAACAUCUUGUGAACCACAUGCUCACGCACUCCAAUGAGACGCCUUUUCGCUGUGAAACCUGUGGGAAGACAUUUGUAAGGAAGGAACACUUCACGAGCCACAUCAUGUGGCACACUGGUGAGACGCCGCAUCAAUGUGAUCUCUGUGGGAAAAAAUUCACCCGUAAGGAGCACCUGUUGAACCACGUCCGGCAGCAUACAGGUGAGAUGCCGCACCAGUGCCAACUCUGUUCCAAGAGGUUCUCUCGAAAGGAGCACCUAAUUAUCCACACCCGCCUGCACACAGGUGAAACGCCGCACCAUUGUGAAUACUGCCCCAAGAAAUUCUCCCGUAAGGAACACCUAUUGAUUCACACCCGUCUACACACAGGUGAAACACCACAUCAUUGUGAAUACUGCCCCAAGAAAUUUGCUCGUAAGGAGCAUCUUAUUAUCCAUACCCGCCAUCACACAGGUGAAACUCCACACCAUUGCGAAUACUGCCCCAAGAAAUUCGCUCGUAAGGAGCACCUUGUGAUCCACACUCGGAUGCACACAGGUGAAAUGCCGUACCACUGUGAAUACUGUCCCAAGAAAUUUGCUCGUAAGGAGCAUCAAAUUAUCCACACGCGUCUUCACACAGGUGAAAUGCCGCACCAGUGUGAAUACUGUCCCAAGAAAUUCUCUCGUAAGGAACACCUAAUAAUUCACACCCGUCUGCACACAGGUGAGAUGCCUCAUCAGUGCGAAUAUUGCCCCAAGAAAUUUUCUCGUAAGGAACAUCUCAUUAUCCACACGCGUCAACACACAGGUGAAACGCCGCAUCAGUGUGAGUACUGUCCCAAGAAAUUCUCUCGUAAGGACCAUCUUACUAUCCACACUCGACUACAUACAGGUGAAACCCCCCAUCGGUGUGAGUUCUGCUCAAAAGCGUUCACACGUAAAGAACACCUGUUGAACCACGUUCGUCAGCACACUGGCGAGUCACCACAUCGCUGUGGAUAUUGCUCCAAAUCUUUCACUCGGAAAGAACACCUGAUCAACCAUGUGCGUCAACACACAGGUGAAACUCCAUUCCGGUGCCAGUACUGUCCAAAGGCCUUCACAAGAAAGGAUCAUCUCGUGAACCACGUCCGCCAGCACACGGGGGAGACGCCGCACAAGUGCCAGGAGCCUGGGUGCAGCAAGUCCUUCUCCCGGAAGGAGCACCUGGUGAUACACAUCCGGUCGCAUACGGGAGAGACGCCGUACCGCUGUCAGUACUGCCCGAAGGCGUUUGCGCGCAAGGACCACCUGACGAACCACAUUCGCCAGCAUACGGGCGAGACUCCUCACAAGUGCCAGGAGCACCCGUGCAGCUACUGCCCGAAAAUAUUCUCGAGAAAAGAGCACCUGGUGAUUCACGUGAGGAAGCACACGGGCGAGACCCCGUACCGCUGUCAGUACUGUCCCAAGGCGUUUGCCAGGAAAGACCACCUUGUCAUACAUGUGCGCCAGCACACAGGGGAGACUCCGCACAAGUGCAAGUAUUGCACAAAGGCAUUUACUAGAAAAGAACACCUAAAUAAUCAUGUCCGUCAACACACUGGUGAGUCUCCGCACCGCUGUCAGUUUUGCUCCAAGUCGUUCACUCGCAAGGAGCACCUGACUAACCACGUGCGGAUCCACACAGGCGAAUCACCCCAUCGAUGUGAGUUCUGCGCCAAGACCUUCACAAGAAAGGAGCAUUUGACGAACCAUCUUCGGCAGCAUACAGGAGAGACUCCUCAUUGCUGCCAUGUCUGCUCCAAACCCUUCACUCGUAAAGAGCAUCUCAUCAAUCAUAUGCGUUGCCACACAGGGGAGCGGCCUUUCGUCUGUGGAGAAUGUGGGAAGUCGUUCCCUCUUAAGGGAAAUCUUCUUUUCCAUCAACGUUCACACAAUAAAGGAACCACGGCUGCAGACAGGCCAUUCCGGCCUCCGGGAUUCCCUCCACCUGAACCCUUGUGGCGGGCUCCAGGAUUAGUAGCGGGUGUUCGUCCAGAUGGUGUAGAAGGGGAGCAAGCUGAGCAGUCUCAGCAACCUGGGCAGUCCCAGGCUCACCCAGCACAAACUCAAACUCAGGCACAGACACAAGCACAACCUCAGCCUCAGGCCCUUGCGCAGCCUCAGCCUGCCCAAGCACAAGCCCCAACGACCCAUGAAUAGUGAGCUGUUUAAUGUCAUGUUGGCCAUUAUUUCAGUGCUCUCAUAAGUGACCUGCUGUUGACUUUCUUAAAGUAAUUUGUAAAUACGUACAAUGAUAUUUCACCAAGUUUUGUCAACUUGGAGAGGGGGCUUUAAAUGUAACAUUUUUCCAAAAGGAAAUUUUAUGCAUGCAGGAAGUUAGUUGUGGAAUAGGUAGCUUGGUAGUGGCCAGGCAAAAUCAGCCCGGCGUGUGAUCUCAUGAUGAAAUCCUCCCCCUGCUAGACAUGCUCGCCAUACCUAUCAUGUAUAUUUUUGUACAGUAUGUACAGAACUUCCCAGUUAUUUGUUUCCUUCAAAAAGAUUUAUCAACCAAUUUAUACUUUGUUUUGAUUUACGAUCAUAUUUUACGGACAUUUUAACAUAAGAUUUGUUGAUAAUAUGAUAAAAUAUCAACAAAAAACUCUGUUAAUGUUUGGUUUAGUUUUCUGGCUCUGUCAGUCAUCUAUCCAGCAUGUCGUUGGGCUUCUAGUCAAAGCACUCCUAACCAAACAUCACACGACAUGGGCCUGUGGAUGUGUGGCUGUCUGAUGCCUACAUGUGCUGGGGGAUGGGAUCCAUCACUGUUUAGCAUAAAUGGCUUGUCUCUCAUUGGGGUGAAAGUGUAGAAAGAAUGUGAAGAAUGUAAAGAAUGUAUGUUUAUGGUGUGUUGAAUGUUGUUGUGUGAGAGAUUAAAGUUUUGUAUCAUGCUCUCUUCCAGUUUGUACAUACCUAAUUGUGGUUGUAUUUAAUAUUUAUCCAAGUAUUGCAAAGUAUUUACUGCAAUUUGUGUGAGAUUGAACACUCACUUAUAAGUGAAGUGUGCUGAACUGUUGCAUCGAACCUGUGACACAUUUACAUUUUUACACUUCUAUUAAAUAAAUUAAUGCUGUUUUGAAUCUCCUUGCCGAGAUCUAGGAGGAUAUAGGCAAACUGUAACAUAGAAUAGGUUAGACUAAGAUUGAAUUGCAGACAUAAUACAUUGGAAGCAAGCAAAUCAGUGAGGCAGGUCCUCAAACUGAGCAUUUAGAACAAACAGAUAUUGUCCUUUGAAUUAUGGGGAGUAGGGGGGGGCCUUCUUAUGUAAUGAUUGUAGAUGCUCUUUGAUGUUUAUCAUUUGAAGUGACUUUUCUUUCCUGUGAAUUACUGUUUUAAUGAAAAUACUUUUAUUGUCACUGUCUUGAUGAUCUGUUCUUGCUGGUAAUAAUUCUGUGCCUGGCAAUAUUCUCCUGUCCUCGUAACAUUUUUUUAAGGGAUUGGGAUGAAAAAUCUUAGACAUUAAGGGAAUUUUUUUUAUGUUCAUGUUUAUUGAAUUUUGCGAGGUCCUUACGAACCUUUAAGGCAGAGCAAUUGCCCUAUUUUAUAAAGAUUUUAUUUUUCUUUGUACAAUUAAUUCUUGUAUGUGACAUUUUCUAGAAUGAUAGUUGCACUUAAGUCCUUUUGAGAGUAGAAUAAGCAGAACAGUUCAUCAAGCCACCCAUUACCUAUGUUUAUGUUGAUUGUUAUUUUCAGUUGAUUAGCAUACCCUAUUUCACUUCACUUUGAUUACCUUGUGUUACCAUUGGUCAGAUUGUUUUAAAUCAUCUGUUCUCCCUGUUUUCUUUUAUAUUUGGUAUGAAAUCAUUGUUUUUGUGUGUAUGUGAUCAAGUAUGCAAGUGUGUACAUAAAAUCAAGUGCCAUGUAAAUACGAGUCAGGGCAAUGUAGUACCAUGUACAAUCCAGUGUUAGCUCAAGCUCUCCAGUUCCGUUUUAAUUGUAAUUUAUAUUGUUUAUAUGUAUGAAUAAUAGCCUAAAAUGCUAUAGUUAAUUAAGGUGGUGGUCUAGCUGAUUUGUACUUCCUCUGUCAUCUUGUCUUGCUGAGUAGGGGACAAACCAUUUUUUUUUCUUUUUUUUUCUUUUUGUAUUCAUCAUUAGA